CGCCAUUUACAGUUCAGUAUGGAUCUGCAAACAUUGCAAGUAAUGUAUGAUAGAUUUCGCGGAACAGUGGAUUCCCUUUACAUUAAAAGCGGUUAUCCAUUCCCAAGCAACAUUCCAUUAUCAUUUACUAAUCUGCCGGGAGUAUUUACCAUAAGUUCACAUGGAGAAGAUUGUCUUCUAUUGAAUCGUUUUCUCAAGAAACGAAAGAAGGGAUCACACAUCCAGAAAUUAAUGACAGAAGAUGCUGAUGAAGAGAUUAAUUUUGAUGAUCAAGCAUUACAAAGACCAUUUCAGCUUUUGUUGGAAUGUUUAGAAGAGGACAACUUAAAGAAAUUAGAGACAAUUUGGAACAUGAACAAAAUAUCUGAAAAACAGUUGUUAGUGGGAGUUGGUGUGCACCUUAUUAAAAAACUUACAGGUGAAGCCUAUACUACAGAGGAUAGAGCUUGUGAAGUAUGCCCUUGUGGUUGUGGUGGUAAACUGGACACAACAGCGAUGUGUAUAGGUAAGCUGGUACUGUAGAAUAUGUAUUUUACAAAUGUAACAUAUAAAACAGAAACCGCUCAGAAAAGAUUUUUUGAGGAUUCAAAGUUCAGUAUCCAUCUGUAGUUGUGAAUUUUUUCCUUGUUGAUAUAAUAAAGGCCACCAAUUUGACAAAAUCUUCAUCAAAGUUAUUUAGAUUGUUUAUCUUAGUUGAAAUCCUUUUCUUAAUUUCCUAUUCAACUUUUUAUAUGCCUGUUUGAAAAACGGGUUGACUAUC